ACGAGAGGGGAGCCCAGAGGUCGUGGGGGGGUGGCGGGAGGGGGGGUCCGUGCCUUCAGGGGAGUCCCUGCCGCCUGCCCCGCCCCCCCCCAGGACACUGGGGCGGGGGUAUGGGGGUCCCGCAGCCCGGAUGGGGGGGCAUGAGCCUUGGGGGGCUUCUGUUGACCACCCUGGACCUGUGCCUGGUGUCGGGGCUCAGUCUGGAGCCCGUGUACUGGAAUACAGCUAACAAGAGGUUUCAAGCGGAGGGUGGCUACGUGAUCUACCCCCAGAUCGGGGACCGGUUGGACUUGCUGUGCCCCCGGGCCCGACCCCCCGGCCCCCACUCGUCCCCGGACUACGAGUUCUACAAGCUGUACCUGGUGGGGGCCGCCCAGGGCCGGCGCUGUCAGGCGCCCCCCGCCCCCAACCUGCUCCUCACUUGCGACCGUCCCGACCUGGACCUGCGCUUCACCAUCAAGUUCCAGGAGUACAGUCCCAACCUCUGGGGCCAUGAGUUCCGCAGCAACCAGGACUACUAUAUCAUCGCCACGUCGGACGGGACCCGAGAGGGGCUGGAAAGCCUACAGGGAGGGGUCUGCCUCACCCGAGGGAUGAAAGUCCUACUUCGCGUGGGACAGAACCCCCGAGUGGGGAACGCUCCCCGAAAACCCAUCUCUGAGACCCUCGGGGAGCGGGGAUCGUCUCCUGGAACGGAUCCCGGGAAAGACAACCCGGCAGGUGGCCCAGCCGGCAACGCCACGGGCGGCGGGGCGGACGGCGCCCUGGCUCCCCCGAGCCUCCCGGCGGUGGCGGGGGCGGCGGGGGGCGCGGCGCUGCUGCUCCUGGGGGCGGCGGGGGCGGGGGGCGCCCUGUGCUGGCGCCGGCGGAGGGCCAAGCCCUCCGAGACCCGCCACCCGGCGCUGGCCCGGGGGUCCGGCCGCGGGGGGUCCGGCCGCGGGGGCUCCGGCCGCGGGGGCUCCGGCGGGGGCUCCGGCGGGGCCGGGGCGGCGGGGGCGGCGGGGGGCGGCGGGGCCGGGGGCGGGGCCGGGGGCUGCCCCCCGGGCCCGGGCAACAACAACGGGGCGGAGCCCGGGGAGCUGGUCAUCCCGCUCAGGGGCGCCGGGGACCCCCCUUUCUGCCCCCACUACGAGAAGGUGAGCGGAGAUUAUGGCCACCCGGUCUACAUCGUCCAGGAUGGGCCCCCCCAGAGCCCCGCUAACAUCUACUACAAGGUAUGA